UUUUUGCGUUAAUGCUACUCUUAUACUUCAAAUGUGUCACAACAUGAAAAAAAAAAGAAAGAUGUUUUUUUUUUUCGAGGCAAAUAGUCGGCAUCAGGAUAUAUAUUAUGAAUAUGCUACUAUGAACCUAAUUAUAGAUUCCAUGUGACGUGAUAAAUUAAUAGAAGACUCGGUAGUACCAACUUAAGGUGCCAAGUGUUGAUAAUUUACAAGAAGCUUAUGAGGUAACUUCUUCAAUUUCGUAAGCCUCGUAGUGAUUAGUCCUUGGACCUAGAAAGUCUUUGGGAUCACACUACGGUUAUAAAAAAAAAACGAAAAAAAGAAAAAAAGAAAAAAACAAACCAAAAAAAAAACAGCGAUGCAAGAACACGAUGAAUUUUAGACCAUAAACUGAUAAAGCCAAAGCAAAGGAGAGCUAAAACAUGACAUUUUCAUGAAAUAUCAUUCAUAUUAUCUCUAAAAGUGAUUAUAAAUAAUUGUAUAUUUAUUUGUAUAAUAUGUCGUUUUCUGUAUUAAAAUCUAAAUUCAAAAGCUAACAAGGCAAUAAAACAUCAUGGUCUAACCAUAUCGGAGAGACUCAACCUUUGGGAGGGGAAGAAAAUACCGAAAGAAGAAUUUCAGAAGCUUCUUCAAGAUGUUCUGAUAGGAGCUGGGUUCACUGGCGUCGGAGGAAUAAAAGAGUUUCUACUCUUCAUAUUUGGAGUUCCUGCCUUUGCCGUCUUCCUCAAGAACCGCAUAGGUCCUACGUUCAUUCCCAAUGAUUUGUUCACCCCUGCCGUCACCUCAGCUACUGUUUUCCUUCUCGCCAAGCUCAAAAAGAUAUGAAUCUAUUUGUUAAAUAUCUUAUAGCUUUGCGUUGUUUUCUAAAAGAAUCUUUACUGGAUGAUGAUUAUGCGUGUAUCUGAUAUACAUAGAAACAAGGACGAGUGUGAGCUGAAUUUUCAUGUUUUCGAAAACAUGAACGUUAACUCUGUUUCUGACCGUUGACAAGUUCAAAUUUGAGAAGUUACUUGUAAACUUCAUUGUAUUUUAUAAGAAAUAUGUCUUUGCGUGCGCGGGAAUCAAGGAGAUGCUAAAUAUAGAGAAUCUGAGGGCCUUGCUUGUUUCUCUAAUUUUCAAGGCUUUCAUUGAUUUGAGGACAUGAACGAGUUUUUCUUUGAAUAAUGGUAAAAUUAGUUUGAAAAAAAAACUGAUAAGAAAAGAUGAAAUCUCGGAGACAUUUGUUUUCUUUUAGCUCUUUUUUGGCCAUUUGUUUACCCUCUUUUUCUUUGUUUGGUUUGGAACAUGGUCCAGAGCAAUAUUCAAUCCUAAUCUGUGUAAAAAAAAGAUCAAUGACACUCAUGUUUGUUGAUUUUUAGGGUAUGUGGUACAUCUUUAAGAUCGUUAUCUAGACAGGAACGUUCAUGUUUUUAUGAGGGCAUGUUUCUAGGUGCUAAUAACAUACUUUUUAGAUAAUUUUUCUUCUUCUUAGUUUAGCACAAUGAGCAAGGAACAAAGCUAUGUUCUAAAAGCAUGGGAAGUGACCCUGCGCAAGACCCAACAAGCGAAGAAGCGGGCAAACAGCGUUUUUGGGACAGUAUCGGUAGCUCCACAUACGGACCACGAUGUCACAAGUGAUGAAAAUGAUGAUGAGACCACCACAAACAGGAAUAGCUUAGAAGAAUUUUACCAUGCAGAGAGAGUACUUCCCAAUGGGGACUACUACACAGGACAAUGGUACGACAACUUUCCUCACGGACAAGGAAAAUACCUCUGGACAGACGGAUGCAUGUACAUCGGAGAAUGGUACAAUGGAAAAACCAUGGGGCAUGGAAAGUUCGGGUGGCCAUCUGGUGCAACGUACGAAGGAGAGUUCAAAAGUGGUUACAUGGAUGGUAUUGGCACAUACAUGGGUCCAAGUGGAGAUGCUUAUAAAGGUCAGUGGGUGAUGAACCUGAAGCAUGGACAUGGGGUCAAGAGUUUUGCCAAUGGAGAUGCAUAUGAUGGUGAAUGGAGGAGAGGUUUACAAGAAGGUCAAGGGAAGUAUCAAUGGAGCGAUGGGUGUCAUUACACUGGUGAGUGGAAGAACGGUACUAUUUUUGGUAAAGGGAGCUUUGUAUGGACAAAUGGGAAUAGAUACGAUGGGUGUUGGGAUGAAGGGUUCCCUAGAGGGAAUGGGACUUAUAAAUGGGAUGAUGGGAGUUUCUAUGUUGGUAACUGGUCUAAAGAUCCAGAGGAAAUGAAUGGUACUUAUUAUCCAUCAGGAAACGAAGGGAGUCUUGAAUGGGAUCCUAAAGAUUUGUUCAAUAAUUUGAGUGAGUACACUAUCUGUAGCGGAGAGAGAGUACCUAUGCUGCCUUCACAGAAGAAACUUUCUGUUUGGAACUCUUCUAAGCGUAUAGAGAAGCCUAGGAGGAUGUUAGUUGAUGGGAGGGUAAGUGUGGAUGUAGAUAAUAGAGCGUUUGAGAAGAUGAAUAUGUGGGGGAAUGAUACAAGUGAAGGAGGUGCUGAUAUGAGGAAGGAGUUAGAUGCAGAGUUGAUGAGAUUGGAGGCUGAAGGUCUUCAUAGUCUCAAGCCAAGCGCUGUGCCUAUGAAACUUCCAAAGGCAGGGAGGAAGCAAGGGGAGACUAUAUCCAAAGACCAUCGCAAUUACGAUCUUAUGCUUAAUCUACAACUAGGAAUCAGGCAUUCUGUGGGAAGACAAGCUCCAUCUGCAUCACUCGAUCUGAAGCCUUCAGCAUUUGAUCCAAAAGAUAAGAUAUGGAGGAGGUUUCCACGUGAAGGAACCAAGUACACACCUCCACAUCAAUCUACUGAGUUCAAAUGGAAAGAUUAUUGUCCACUAGUUUUCAGGAGCUUGAGGAAGCUAUUUAAAGUAGACCCAGCUGAUUAUAUGUUAUCCAUCUGUGGGGAUGAUGCUCUCCGAGAACUCUCAUCUCCUGGUAAAAGUGGGAGCUUCUUUUACUUAACAAAUGAUGAUCGCUACAUGAUAAAAACAAUGAAGAAGUCUGAAACAAAAGUGCUUCUGAGGAUGCUUGCAGCAUAUUACAACCAUGUUAGAGCAUUUGAAAACUCUUUGGUGAUCAGAUUCUUUGGUCUACACUGUGUGAAAUUGAAUGGACCAACACAAAAAAAAGUGCGGUUUGUCAUAAUGGGUAAUCUGUUUUGUUCUAAGUACUCCGUUCACAGACGCUUUGAUCUAAAAGGUUCUUCUCUUGGUCGUACCACUGACAAACCAGAAUCAGAAAUAGAUUCAAAUACCAUCUUAAAAGACCAAGACCUAGGUUUUAUUUUCAGAUUACAGAAAGCAUGGUACCAAGAAUUCAUCAGGCAAAUUGAUAAAGACUGUGAGUUUUUAGAACAGGAGAGGAUCAUGGAUUACAGUCUUCUAGUUGGGAUUCACUUCAGAGAAGCUUCUGUCGCUGGAGAGCUGAUUCCUUCUGGAGCUCAAACACCUAUUGGUGAAUCUGAAGAAGACGCAGGCCAUCGUCUCUCUAGAUCAGAGGUUGAUGACCUACUUUCAGAACCCUCAAGGUGGGCUAGUAUCAGACUGGGAACCAACAUGCCAGCGCGUGCAGAGAGAACGAUGAGGAAAAAUGACAGUGAGCUUGAGCUUGUGGGAGAGCCUACGGGAGAGUUCUACGAUGUGGUGAUGAUCUUUGGUAUUAUUGACAUUCUUCAAGAUUAUGAUAUCAGUAAAAAGCUUGAACACGCUUACAAGAGCAUACAAUAUGAUCCUACCUCUAUUUCAGCAGUUGAUCCAAGAUUAUACUCGAGGCGUUUCCGUGACUUUAUUUUCAAGGUAUUCACUGAUGACAAUUGAGAGAGAGGGUUCCUAUUGUCUUUGUGCUUUUUUUAGGUUUCUUGUAUCCCAAGAAAUAAGGAUGCAUAAUUUUACUUAUAUUUUUGACUCCUAAUUUAUUUCUUUUUUUUUUCAAUAAAGAAAUAGAGUAAAGAUUCCAAUAUUUCCCAUUUAUUUAUCUAUAUUAAUUACCUUUUCAGUAUUAAUUAGUAGUAUGUAUUCAUUCAGUUCAGUUGUUCUUGUUUACCUCUAAACAAACAUGCGUCACCAAAGUCAUUUUACAUAUAUGUUGAGCAAGGGCUCUGCGGAAUGAUUGUCACAAUCUUGAGAUGGUAUAUGGCUUGUUGGGUACCAUUUAUCAUCUGAAUCACCAAGCUUUAGGCCACCAGAAACCAACUAGCCCAGCAUGUGUGUAGUUUCUUCUUUGCAUAGUCAAAGUCUCUCAGUUUCUUAGUUAUUACAUUACAGCAAGUUCUCCAUUUGAUUUUGGCAUGGGUUAUUCUCUUUUCUAACUCGGUCUGGAUUCGGCUAUCUUUCGGUUUACUUCGUCCAGUCGUUAGUAAUAAAAGAACGUAAUAAAAGGAGGAUAUCCACUAGAGGUGGCCUAGUGGUUUCCACUAGAGGAGGAGUUGCCCUGUUGGUCCAGGCCAGGGAUCGAUUCCCCUCUAGUGCGAAAUUACUAGCUCCACAUGUGGCCACGCGGAUAUGGGCUCAUGCUUACGGCCCAUUUGAAUACCCGGGAGAGGAUCCAUCCGUGGGUUGCACCUCCCACCCGGGGGUUAGGUCUGUGUCUUUAAUAGACCCGGGUUUAACCCUUUUAGUUGCAAAAAAAAAAAAUAGUUGCAAAAAAAGGAGGAUAUCCUGCAUGUUGCAUUCAUGGGAAUAUCAAACCCCAGCACUACAAGAAAACAGCUUGUCCACUUCUGACGAAUUUCCGACAAAAAAGGCCGUCGGUUCUAACUCGUCGAAAAAAAAAUUAGUCGGAAUUUCGUCGGAUUUUCUGACGAAUUUUCGACGAAAUUCCGACAGACAAAUUCCGACGAAUAAAUUUCCGACGAAAUUCUGACGGAUAUAUUUCCGACGAAAUUCCAACGGAUAAAUUUCUAACGAAAUUCUGACGGAUAAAAUUCCGACGAAAUUCCAACAAAUGAUAUCCGUCGGAAAUUUUGUAAAUUAUUU